GCAGAGUUUGGGAAAACUCUCUGCGAGAGUCAGCUGAGCAGAUAAUUGAAAGGUUUCUAGACCGACUAGCUGAAACUAGUUGGAAGAACACAAAGGAUAAGGAGAUAAGGAGGCAGCAGAACCCACAGCUCCUGCAAGCUCACCUCUCAAUACCCCUGCACUGCGUCCAAAGACAUCCGGGGGAUACGGAGACACUGGAGAUCUAACCAGAAAAACUCAAGAAAAAAGAGACAGGAUGGAAUUACGGGCUUUUUAUGUCAUUAUGUUGGUUGCGUUCCUUGCUGUGAGUUCCCAGGCUGCAAAAAACAAGAAAGACAAGGGUAAGAAGGGAUCUGACUGCGCGGAGUGGAAGUGGGGAAGCUGCGUCCCCAACAACAAAGACUGCGGUUUAGGGACCCGGGAGGGGACAUGCAAAGAGGAGACUCGCAAGCUCAAGUGCAAGAUUCCCUGCAACUGGAAGAAAGCGUUUGGAGCCGACUGUAAGUACAAGUUCGAGAGCUGGGGGAAUUGUAACGGCGAUACUGGACUGAAGAUCCGCACCGGCACCCUGAAGAAGGCUUUGUAUGACGCAGAGUGCCAGCAGACCGUGGAGGCCACCAAGCCAUGCUCUCCAAAAAUCAAGUCUAAAUCCAAAGGAAAGAAAGGUAAAGGAAAGGAGUAGAGGGAUCUGCUGACGCCCGUUAGACGAGGCCAUGGGAGCCGCGCUCAGCACCCCGGGGAAUGAUGGAUUGACCGUGUUCUCUUUCCGACCUGUCAAACA